AUGAAGGUCACUUACACGAUUGCAGCCCUCGCGGGUAGCGCCCUGGCCGCUCCCAAGGCGGAAAAGUCACCCCGUGCUCCUGCGGCUGCUUGCUCGUCGGCGGUUACGCUUGACGCGUCGACCAAUGUGUGGCAGAAUUACAAGCUGCACGCAAACCCGUUCUACCGUGAUGAGGUCAACAAGGCCGUCGAUGCCAUCUCCGACUCAAGCCUGAAGGCCUCUGCAGCCAAGGUUGCCGAUGUUGGUAGCUUCCUGUGGAUUGACACCAUUGAGAACAUCGCCAAGGUGCAGCCCGCCAUCGACGACACCCCUUGCAGUGAUAUCCUCGGCCUCGUCAUCUACGACUUGCCGGGCCGUGACUGCGCCGCCAAGGCCUCCAAUGGCGAGUUGAAGUACAACGAGCUCGACAAGUACAAGACGCAGUAUAUUGACCCCAUUGUCAAGCUCCUACAGGGCGCGCCAAACACUGCCUUUGCCCUAUUGAUCGAGCCCGACUCUCUGCCCAACCUGGUCACCAACGCAGACCUGCAGACAUGCAAGGACAGCGCUAGCAGCUACCGCGACGGUGUUGCGUACGCCCUGAAGAGCCUCAACCUUCCCAACGUCGUCAUGUACAUCGAUGCCGGCCACGGCGGAUGGCUCGGCUGGGACGCCAACCUCAAGCCAGGUGCCGAAGAACUGGCCAAGGCCUACAAGGCAGCCGACAGCCCCAAGCAAGUGCGUGGCUUCUCGACCAACAUCGCCGGCUGGAACGCCUGGGACCUGUCGCCAGGCGAGUUCUCCACGGCAUCCGACGCCAAGUACAACUCGUGCCAGAACGAGAAGAUAUACGUGCAGAAGUUCAGCGCCGCACUCAAAACGGCGGGCAUGCCCAACUACGCCAUCGUCGACACGGGCCGCAAUGCCGUCACGGGUCUCCGCGCUGAGUGGGGCGACUGGUGCAACGUCGACGGUGCCGGCUUUGGUGUCCGCCCUACUGCCACCACGGGAGAGCCCCAGGCUGAUGCUUUCGUUUGGGGUAAGCCCGGUGGUGAGUCAGAUGGGACUAGUGACACGGGCGCUACUCGAUAUGAUUCGUUCUGUGGGAAGGAUGAUGCGUUCAAGCCGUCCCCUGAGGCCGGGACGUGGAACCAGGCGUACUUCGAGAUGUUGCUUAAGAAUGCUAGCCCAGCAUUCUAA